AUGGUUGAGUCAUCACAAACAACGCGGUCUCACCUGCAAAACAUUCAACUAGCUGAUCCAUACUAUACUCAACCAGGAGAUAUUGACAUUAUCAUUGGCGGUGAUGUUUAUGGACAACUUCUGGAGGGUUCUAUCAUUGAAGGACCACCCAAUUCACCAGUAGCUCAACUAACAACAUUAGACUGGGUAAUCUCUGGACCAACCAUUGUCAGCUCAGAAACCAACAAAGUUCAAAUCUUCCAUUGUUCAGUAGACCAUGACUUGUGUUCCUUAUUGGAGCGUUUCUGGCAUCACGAGGAGAUUUCAUCGACAACUAAGGGACAGUUGUCGUGUAACGCAAAACAGUGUGAAGAUCAUUUUGCUGUGACACACACACGAGACUCCAGUGGACGGUAUAUAGUUCGACUAGCCUUCAAAACACCUCAGAAUCAACUAGGGAAUUCUUGGACUCCAGCUAUUAAGAUGUUGAGACUUAUACAAUCCAAGUUCAAAGUCAAUUCAACAUUCCAUCAAGCUUAUUCAGCAUUUCUGAGGGAAUAUGAAGAUCUUCAACACAUGGUACGAGUACCUUCUAAUCAGCCAGAGCCUGAAUUCGGCUUUUACCUCCCUCACCAUGGAGUGAUUCGAGAGUCAAGUACUACCACUAAAUUGAGAGUUGUCUUCAGUGACUCAUGUCAAGUAUCACAAGGUUUGCCUCUAAAUGAACUGCUGCACACGGGACCUAAAAUUCAAGUUGACAUCUUCGACAUUCUUAUCUGGCUACGUCAGUUCAAGUACCUGUUUUCGGCAGAUGUUUCAGCGAAUUCUCUGGUGAGAGGGAGAGAACAUUGUGAAGUAACAGUAACUUAUGGUCUCGCUUGUGCACCAUACUUGGCCAUCAAGUCAAUGCUCCAAUUGGUUGAGGAUGAAGGUGAGAAAUUUCCAUUAGCUCGAGAGCUUAUUAUAAAGGGACGCUAUGUCGAUGAUGUAUUUGGUGGCGCUGAUACAAUAAGAGAAGCUCAGGAAAAAGCCCAUCAAGUGAAUCUUCUCUGCAUGACGGGCGGCUUUCCCUUGAGAAAAUGGCGUUGCAAUGACGUGGAGGUAUUGAAGAAAAUUCCACACCAGCACCAAGAUGAGGUGACGUUCAUUCCAAUUCAAGACACACUUCCUAAACUGCAACAAAAGGCCUGGGAGCAAAUUCUCAAGGACGCUGAGGGACUCGAGGAACUCCAAAUAUCACGAUGGAUUGGAACAACAACUAGUUGUAACCUCGAAAUUCAUGGGUUUAGUGACGCUUCUCAAAACGCAAUGGUUGCCACGGUCUUCAUCCGAUCAAUUAAUCAUCAAAAUGAGAUGUGUCAAUCUUCUGUGUGCCAAGACGAAAGUCACACCAUUGAAGCGUCUUACAAUACCAAGAUUGGAACUGACAGCAGCAGUCAUGCUAACCAAACUGAUCACUACUAUUCUGAGAGUCCUCGAUCUUCAGAAAAGGGUCGACUGCUACCUUUGGACAGAUUCCUCAAUUGUAUUUACGUGGGUCAAUAA